AGGCACAUGCGUAUCCGCCGCCAUUGUUGCAAGGCCGAAGUUGAAAUUUUAGGAUUUUAUUUGUGUUUUUGACAUCGAAUCCAGCAAAAUCAAGAUCAGAGUGUUUGCCCCAAACACCCCCUACCCCUCUACAAACUUUAUAGACUAUUGUUGUUUGUUUAAAAGACUCAAGUGUGCUAAAAAUACUGUGGAAUGUCUACGAGUGUCGAUCAGAGAGGCAAAGGUCAGCCUAACCAAGUUAAUGGCGCAAUUAAAGAUGGAAUGAAAGAAGAGGAAUUUGACCCCUAUCACCAGCAGCAACAGCAGCAGCAACAGCAACCCCCUAUACAGGGGUACGGACCUGGACCAGGAACAAUGUCGAGCCCACUUACCGACCCCUUUAUGCCCAACUAUUACAACCCUUCUAUGUUCCCAUCAUACCUCGGUCAGGGACUUGGUGACGGUGCUUGGUCAAAUGGCGGCGAUACCUCAAUGUUCUCAGCAGUCGGAGGCUAUGACUAUAACCAAAUGUUCAGUGGUUUUGGUUACCCCCAGUUUUGGGGCGAGUAUCAACCGAAUGAGUACUGGGGACAGAAUGCUGGUGCUCAGCAGGGCCAAGGUAGGAAAGAUGCUCGCGGUUAUCCAACAGAGGACUAUUACCGAAUGGAAAAUAAUAUGGUCCCUGCUGAUGGUUACUCAGCUAUGAACGGUGAAAUGGAACGUGAUCCUGCUAUUGCUAGCAUGGAACAAGGACUGAAGAACAUGAAUAUUGCCAUGGAAAAUCAAAUUGAGGGUGGUCCAAAUAGUGAACUCCAGCAUGCAACAAUGGACCCAUCAAUGCAACAAGGACAAGUGCAACAUUCAGGUGGUGCUUCGCAGGCCCCGAAAAAGACUUCUUGGGCUGCGAUUGCUAGCCAGCCAGCCCGGCCUCAGGCCCCAAAGAUUCGUGCGAUUCCUCGUGCGCCCGUGAAUCCUCAAAGGCAAAACAUGGACAUUGGAACAUGGGAUAGUAAUAAGAACUCUGGUGGAGCCAACAGGCAACCACCUCCUCAGCAAAAUAGGAACUGGACUGGUGCUCCUCGGGCUUCGAGAUCUGCAACAUCGUACGGUGGUGGAAAUUCGGGUAAUUCUAAUCCGCCACCGAGUUCGGCAUCUAGUGGAAAUGCAGGACUUUCGAAUUCUAGUGCGCCAUCGAGUUAUGAUGCUAAUCAUCCAGUGUUGGAUGAGUUGAAGUCGAACAAUCAAUACAAUCCAAAGGAAUUGACCCUGAAUACAAAAGGAGCGAGAUACUUUAUCAUCAAGAGCUAUUCGGAGGAUGACAUUCAUCGUUCUAUCAAGUACAACAUUUGGUGUUCAACAGAGCAUGGCAACAAGAGAUUGGACACUGCAUUCAAGGAGCGGGAAGGGAAGGGCCCUGUGUAUUUCUUGUACAGUGUGAACGGUUCGGGCCACUUUUGUGGUAUAGCUCAGAUGCUGACGACUGUUGACUAUGGCCAGAGCGCGGGAGUGUGGGCACAGGACAAAUGGAAAGGCAAAAUCGAAGUGAAAUGGAUCUACGUGAAAGACAUUCCCAACAGUCAACUGAGGCACAUUCGGCUCGAAAAUAAUGAGAAUAAACCUGUGACGAACUCUCGUGACACCCAGGAGGUUCCUCCAGAGAAGGGCAAACAAGUGUUGAAAAUCAUUCAUAACUAUAAGCACACGACUUCGAUCUUCGACGACUUCAUCCACUACGAGAGGAGGCAGGAGGAAGAUCAGGGUACCCAGACCCAGGCCAAGCCCAAGCCUCCUCCUCAGUCGGGUCGCCAGCGUCAGAACUGAGGCGGACAGUUAAGACGGACAUUAAAAAUGUAGACUUAUGAAAAACAGGAAAAAAACUGAAUUCUGAAACAUGUACCAUGGUGUCAUGUUGAGAGUCUACAUUGCUUGUGGCGUCUUCAUGAAAUUGUACAAAAAUCGUUGGAGUGGAUUUUUUGUGUAUAGUAGAAAACUUUUUCAUCUCAUCGUAAUCAAGUUAAGGUUAAAAAACAUUGAGCUUCAUAUGUAGUGUUUAUAUUUUUCUCUCAUCGUUUUCUUUUUAAUGUGUCGGAAAAUUACAUUUUGUAAAAGUGUGCAUUUAUGAUUUUUAAGAGGUUAAAUGGAAAAAGUGCUGUUAUCAUUCGCUUUGUUGAUUUCUUCUAUGUUUUAAUUGCAAGUUUUUUUAAUAGGGCUGAAAUUUGGCUUCUUCUCAAUUGCCUAGAACGGCAAAAUUUCACAAAUUGCAUCAUAUUUUCUUUGUAAAUUUAAAUUGAGCAAUUUUGCUCAGAGGGUGAUAAAAUAGAAAUUAACUUGUAUGAAAGAAUGUCGAAAGAGCUGAAUUAACAACAUGAAAAAGUAAGCAUUGAAUGUUACAAAAUAAACCUUGUUUCGUCUUUAUCGGUUCUGGUUUUAUUGAUGUUUAUAUCAUAAAAUUUUACAAUAAAUUCCAACAUGGAAAAGGGUUAGGCAUCACAAUUUUGCUGAAAAGGCCAUAAAUUGGGUGUUAAGUUUGUUUUCAUGAUCUUAUGUAUGAAAUCUUCUCAUAUUCAUUUUUCAUCAGAAAUAACGUCUUGUUGUUGAAGUUUUAUUUUUUUUUGUCUGGUUCUUUAGCUUAGAUUUGUAUAAUUAGCAGAUAAUGUCAUUGUGUUUAUUCUUCUACAUAUAUUAUAUAAUCAGCCCUAUUCAUUUCUGAUUGAUUCAUCUUAUAUUGUGUGUCCGGUCAUUCAUGUAACAGACCAUGGAAUGUAAAUGCCCAGAAUUCAGUUCCAAAGUGAACUUCCCUUCGUUUCCGAAACAGCAAUACAAGUGAUUCAAUGGAUAGAAGUGUUUGAAUAGUGUUCUAAACCUGUGUACAGUAUAUCCACGAGACUUGCAAAUAUGCAUUGAGAAAAAAAUUAAAACUGAUAACUACAAAUGUGCUUUCAUUUUACAGUGAAAAGGCGUCAUUCGUGCUUAGAAAUACAUGUUCAAAGUAACGCAAACAGCAAACUAUUCAGUGAGUAAAUUACCAAAAAACACUACUGUGGCUAAUCUGUGAAAACUGUGCUCACUUACUAAGCCAUCAACUAUCAACAGUUACUGAUAAACCUUGUGGCUGAGGCUUAAAAACACUGUGCUUUAAAAUUGACACACAUAAAGUGAGCAUGCUAUUACAUGUGAGCUGUGCUCAAGUGACCACAUUAUAUGGGUUUUAAAAGAUGAGAUACUUAGUGUUCGAAGUGUUCUAGGCAUCGAUAUGCAACUCUGUUUUAUGAAGGAAAAAAACUUGUUUUGCCAUUUUAGCGAACUGUUAUAGUCAUUUUUUAUACAUUUUUAUGGAAUUAAGAAGGGUUUCAAAGACAGAAAAAGGACUGAAUUUUAAAAUUAAAUUUCAUGUGAUACAAUCAUUAAAUGCUUGUCGUUGUGUUUUACAAUAACAAACUUCUAGAGACUUCAAUAAAUUUUGUGUAGAUAUUGCCCUUUGAAUGUUGUACUUUCGGUAUGCAUGAAAAGAAGGGUACAAAUGUUGUGUCGUUUCUUGGACGAUGGAAAGUGAACAGCGGAAGAAAAUUGACUAUUCUUGUGGAUUUAACAUACUUGAAGACGUGAAUUUGCAUGUGCCAGCAGCAGAGGGGACAACAUGUUUGAAAAGUGGACUUGUUGUUUGAUUAAUGGACUUGACGCUGGAUGGGUUUACAUACCAUCUAUUUUUGCUAUGUUACACUUGUCUACAUGUGCAGUGUUUUUUUUCGUACUGAAAGCGGGGCCAAAAUUAGGCCAUAUUCAAAAUCCAUUUUACUAAAAUAAGACUCAAAAUUCACAAUGCUUCAAAAAAUCUUUUUGUUUUACUCUUUAUUAAUAACAACUAGUACAUGUUUUUAGGCAUUUUGUCACCUUUUUCACAAUUCUCAUUCAGAAACAGUAAGAAAAAACACUGAUGUACUCCCGAGUUUAUAUGACUCGACAUUGUGCAGAUGUUUGCCAGCUGUUUAAAGUCACUAGUGUACUUGCACUAAAGUUUGGUUUAGUUACAUUUGCUUAUUAAGAACAUUUAAACACUUGAAUAUCAGGGACUAAAGUUCAGCCUAAAUGCCAACCAUCUCCGGAGAUAUUUAAAGCAGUGAUUCGUUUUAAAAUCAUUCUGAAUGCGUCUUUUCAAUUUGGACAGUUUUCAAAAUUCUGGGUCCCUAUCACAAAAAUUGACGAUAGAUACAAAACUUUAAAAAUAUGCAUCCUGUGGAUGUACAUGUGUGGGCUAAUUUGGUCUCCGGGGCUAAGUUCAGGAAUCUGGAUUCACAGCAAAAUGAAUCACCAUCGUUCAUGUAACAAUUUCAGUUGAAACCUUAAAUGGAAUGGCAAACUAUCUAAAAAUUAAUCGAGUCUGCAAAAAGAAUCCCAUUUGGCAUAUUCGAAGUAUGUUCGAUUCAUUUCAGGAUAUUGUUACUAGAAUUUUGGCCAUUUACAUCAUUUGUCUUGCAAAUUUGGAUGGGAAAUAGUGUGGAGUCAGAAAAAUACACAAUUAUACUAUGGUUUAAUUUUUUCAAAACUUUUAUAGUCAAAACUCGCUAUGUCAAAGUCAUUGUGACCUUGGGAAAUACAUCCGAGAUGACAAAUGUUUGAUUUAACCGAUAUACAAAAAAUGUAUUAAUAAAUUUACCCAACACAUUCGAAAAAAAGUUUGACAAACCCAGAACAUAGAGAUAACAGAGUUUGACAUAACGAGUUUAGUCUGUACAUCUUAAUUAAUAGUGACGAUUUGUAAGAGUGAAGUAAAAGUGUUCUUUCAGAUUUGUAAGAUGAACUUUUCAGAAAUAUUUUGUUGCAACAGUUUACAAAUUCAAUUGUCAGUUACUAGUAGCCAAUUUCAUUAAAACAAACAUGAUAUGCACUGUCAUGGUGCAUGCAGAGAGUGUAAUUAUAAGAUACGAAUGUUUUAUAUAGAUUCAAUGUGAUAGUACUUUUCAAACUUCCUGAAUACGGAGGUAGUGUUGAGAUCGUGGUGUUUGAUAGUAGUUAAAAUUGUAAUAUUGACUGUAAUGCACUGCAACAAUACAUUCCUGAAAACUUGUGGUGAACAAAUACAUGUACAGCUGGGGUAAAAAGAUUACAAAUCUUUGUGAUGGUGACAUAAAAAGUGAUUGGUACUAUGCAGUAACUAUUGCCAUGUAUUUUAAUUGAUCAAUUGCAAUUGAAGUAAAAAUUGAAAUGUUUUUUUUUAAGUCUGGUGAUAAUGUUAAAGAUGAUAAAAGAUACUUAUCAUUUAAGAUUGUGUUAACACUUUGCAAAGAUAAAUAUCAAGUGUUGAAUGAUCUAAUCUAGUAUUGAGUCUGAAUGGUCAAGUGUACAGAUUUAGCCUUUAGAAGUUUGUUUACUGCUGCAGUGCAUAGGGGCCAGUAUUAGUCACAGAUUGUUAAACACUUUAAAAAAGGAACUCAAUUUUUACCAUCUUCGACUGAUUCUGCCACUUAUGGUAUUGUGCUGUACUGACACCUGUGGUUUUAUGCUGUACUGACACCUGUGGUUUUAUGCUGUACUGACACCUGUGGUUUUAUGCUGUACUAUGUUCACAAUGACGGAUGUUAUGUUGAAUGACUGGUCAUGUUUUUAUAGAGGACGCUCCCUGUCCUACUGUAUCACCGAUUUAUCAUGGAUAUUAAAUGUAUACAUGCAAAACAAUGCGAAAUCACC